ACAUGCAGGCUCGCUACUCCGUGUCCAGCCCCAACUCCCUGGGAGUGGUGCCGUACCUCGGCGGCGAGCAGAGCUACUACCGAGCCGCCGCCGCGGCGGCCGGCGGGGGCUACGCGGCCAUGCCGGCCCCGAUGAGCAUGUACUCGCACCCGGCCCACGAGCAGUACCCGGGCGGCAUGGCCCGAGCCUACGGGCCCUACACGCCGCCGCCGCAGCCCAAGGAUAUGGUGAAGCCGCCCUACAGCUACAUCGCCCUCAUCACCAUGGCCAUCCAGAACGCGCCCGAUAAGAAGAUCACCUUGAACGGGAUCUACCAGUUCAUCAUGGAGCGGUUCCCUUUCUACCGGGACAACAAGCAGGGCUGGCAGAACAGCAUCCGCCACAACCUCUCCCUCAACGAGUGCUUCGUCAAGGUGCCCCGCGACGACAAGAAGCCCGGCAAGGGCUCCUACUGGACCCUCGACCCCGACUCCUACAACAUGUUCGAGAACGGCAGCUUCCUCCGCCGCCGCCGCCGCUUCAAGAAGAAGGACGCCGUCAAGGACAAGGAGGACAAGGACCGCCUGCACCUCAAGGACCAUGCCCCGCCGCCGCCGCGCCCGCCGCCGCCCGCCGCAGCCUCCGCUGCCGCCGUCGAGCCCGAGGGCGGCCCCGCCGGGGGGGGCAGCGCCCCGCCGCCGCCGCCGCCGCCCCCCGUCCGCAUCCAGGACAUCAAGACGGAGAACGGCACGGCCUCGCCGCCGCACGCCGGCUCCCCCCCCGGCGCCGCUCCGCCGCUGGGCGCCGUGCCCAAAAUCGAGAGCCCCGACAGCAGCAGCAGCCUGUCGAGCGGCGGCAGCCCCCGCAGCGCCCUUCCCUCCGCCCGCUCGCUCAGCCUCGAAGCCCCCGAGCCUCCGCCGCCGCCGCCGCCGCCCCCUCCGCCGCCGCCUCCCCACCACCACCACCACCACCACGGGCCGGGCUUCAGCGUGGACAACAUCAUGACCUCUCUGCGCGGCUCCCCGCAGGGGGCGGCCGAGCUGGGCUCCGGCCUGCUGCCCCCCGCCGCCGCCGCCGCCGCCCCCCGCAGCGGCAUCCCCCCGGCCCUGUCCCUCGGCGGCUACUCGCCGGGCCACAGCUCCGUCUACAGCUCGCCGUGCGGCCAGCCCGCUGCCUCGGCAGCCACCUACCACUGCAACAUGCAAGCCAUGAGCCUGUAUGCAGCGGCGGGCGGCGCGGAGCGGACCCCCGGCCACCUGCCCCCCCCCGCCGCCGCCAGCCCCGCCGAGGAGCCGCUACCCGACUACGCGCUGCCGUCGGGGGGCGGCGGAGCGGGGAGCGGCGGCGGCGGAGGAGGUGGAGGAGGAGGGGGCGGCGGGGGGGCGCUGGGGCACGGCGGGCUGGGCGGCGCGGCGGGCGGCCACCAGGAGGGGCAGCACCCGCACCCGCACCCGCACCAGGGCCGCCUGGCCUCCUGGUACCUCAACCAGGCGGCGGCGGCGGCGGCGGCGGCGGCGGCGGUGGCGGCGGCGGGAGAGCUGGGCCCGCUGGCGGGCGCGCCGGGCUACGGGGGGGCGCAGCAAGGCUUCGCCGCCGCCCCCAGGGAGGUCUUCGAGGCGCCGCGCCUCGGCCUCAGCGCCUCGCCCGGAGGAGGAGGCAGCGGCGGAGGCCCCGGCGGCGGCGGCGGCGGUGGCGGCGGAGGAGGCGGCGGGGCGGGGGGAGGCAGCUGUCAGAUGGCCUUCCCCGGCAGCCAGCCCCUCUACCGCACCUCCGGGGCCUUCGUCUACGACUGCGGCAAGUUCUGAGCGCCCCCCCCGACGCCCCCCCCGCCCCCCCGCUCGGGGGUCCCCGCGGCCGCCCGGAGGGAGAGGAGAGCGCGGGCGAAAAGCCUUUGUACAGAGACAGCUCCAAAGCAUGUCUUGGUUUUGUUAAAGGACAGUGUUACUCCGAUAACACGUAAGUUUUUUUCUGUUGUUGGUUUUUUCCUCCUUGCUUUUGAGAAAUACUCCCUCCAACCUUCCCCGCCCCCGUUUCCCCCCCCCUUCACCGUGCGCCCCGGCCCUUAAGGUAUCGCCAGGCCCUGUGUUUAAAUGGGGGCGAAAAACUCAGCGUAGAAUACCGGCUUGUCCCCGCUCCCCCCGUCCCCGUCCCGGACCCUCCUCUUUUACAAGGACUUGUUUUAAAAUGUAAAUUGCGACAUAGUAAUUUAUUUUUAAUUUGUAGUUGGAUGUUGCGGACCAAACGCCAGAAAGUGUUUCCCCCCUUCCCUGAAAAUUGACUGAAACGCUGAUUUUUUUUUCACUAUAUAUAAAAAAGGGAAACUGUAUUAAUCUUAUUCUAUCAAUAUUUUUUCUUUUUUUUUUUUUUGUUGAAAAUAUUCUGAAGGUAUUGCAUUGUUUGUUUAUUAAUAAAUUACCAUUCAGUUGGAAUGCUCCUCCACACGUCUGUAUAUUUUAAUACUUUCGUUCAGAGCGAGGGAGAGAGAGGGGAAAGGGAUUUCCUAACUAACUUUGCCGAUGGAAGAGCUCGUUCCCCUCCGCGCAAAUUCCAGAGACUAUUUAGGAUCUGCCAGGUCGAAAAAAAAAUCCCUUUUCGGUCUCUUCUGCAAUAUGUUCCACUUAGUCAGCUCGCCUUAUCCGCUAGGAAAAAAAAAAAUAAAAAAAAAAAGGAAAAAAAAGAAAAAAAAAAAAACUUUCCCAUGGCAGCUCUGAGUUGGCAAAUAAACAAACACGUUUUCUUAGCAAUUAAUGGGCAAGACCUGGAAACAUUUGGCCGUGCGCAGCGGCAGGACAAGCUCACGGCUUUUUAAAUAAGGUGUCCGUGUAAGGCUAUGGGAAGCGCCAACGCCGAGUGGGCGCCCGUGUGUGGCUGCGAGCAUACAUCGGGCUGGCGAUCGCUGCGGGUGCAAUGCCCUCGCGUUUAUAUCCAGGGCUUCCAUACGGACCCGUAUUGGAAAAAGGAUUGCCUAUUUAUUCACGGCUUCAUAUACGCGUCGCAUAUGUUUCUCAGCUCCACGGUGUAUUUUGGAUGGCAACUAUCCUGUAACACGGAUAUUCGUAAAUAUAAUGUGAGCCUGCUUUGUAGAACUGGUGGCAACGCGCGCCAUCACACCCGUGAAGCCGCUUCUGUAAUGUAGAAAUAUAUUUUAAAGUCCUAUUUUAUGUCAGGAAAAAAAUAAUAAUGAAGUAGUGAAGUAGUUGGAUUAAAAGGGUGCCUGUGCGCUCCAGCCUUGCACCUCUGUAGCUCUUACUCCUGUCCUUUAGGGACAUUGCCGCUCUGUUGGGAGUGCCCUAAUUGCUCUGCCCGAGAUUGUUUUAGAAAGAGUUGGUGUGGCAGAAUUUUUCUUAUACAGUCUUUUUUUUUUUUUUUUUUUUUUUUUCGCCUCUCCCCUCCCUCCUUUUUCCUUAAACCUGUAGGAAAAAAAAAAAUAAGAAAAAGAAAAAAAAUGUUACCAGGGGAGCAGAUGAGUGCUGCUUGUCAGACCGAGAAUCUCACCUUCUGGACAAUUUGCAAUUAAGAACCUACGGGCGAUGGGGGAUCACCUCCCCCCUUUGUAAAUAACCACCAAAAACGCAAUAAAUUCAUUAACUUAAAAAGAAUCUGCCUUGUCAGUCAGACCUGGGAAGAAGAUUAUUUGAUUAGAGAUAUUUAAGGCCUAAAGUUUGCUUUCAAGAUAAUACAGUUUCCUAUCAGUGCCUCUUAUCUAAAGGCAACACUUAGCAGUAAUUGCCGCUGCAUUGUUAAGGGUUACACUGUAAAUAAAUACGAAGGUAUUUACAGUUAAACCUUAUUACCUUGCUUUUGAGCUGCUCUUCCUCUCCAAAGCGAUAAUCCGCUGUUAGACAAACCCUUAAGCAGAGCGGCAGAACCGGGGGCUUGCUGCAUAAAGCUGGCUUGAAAUGCGUUUGUGGAAAUACCUCGCUCCCUUUAUUUUAUUUUAUAUAUAUAUAUAGAAUUAUUUGGCUCUUGCUAAAGAGCUUCUCGGCCUUCUUUAUUGCCGUUUGCUGGUUGAAUCGGGUCCGACAAAGCGCAGCGCUCCGCCGCCCGGUUAUUCUGCGGCCGAAGCGGGGGCAAAGCAGAGCCGAGAGGGUCGGCUGCGGAGUCCUGGGGGGGUCCCAGCUCCCCCCGCACCGCUGCCGGCCCCGGCUGGCCGGUGGCUUUGGCCGCCUCCAGUUUUCACUUCUUUUCCCCGGGACAAGCGGAGCCCCGGCGGCGGCAGCGGGGGGACUGCGCGGAAAAGCCGUGCCCGCCUCCUCCCCUCCCGGUAUCGAAAACCGGGCUGAAAAUUAAAGAAACGGGAGGGCAGAGCGGCGACCGCAUGUGCUGUUUGCCUAGGUUUUUUUGUUCGCAUCGGACGCCGGUCUCUUUGGGAUUUUGUAUUUAUUUAUUUUUAUUCUUAUUAUUAUUUUCCAGCCGUGGGGUGAUGCGGGGAAAAUAAAAUAGCAGGGAAAAACAGUAGUCAGCUCGGCUCGUCGUGGCUGCGGGGGGAUGUAUGUGUGUGAGGAGGGGGGAGAAAUGGGGGGUUUGGGGUUGAAGCUCCCGAACAAGUGCCGCGGCCGCGCAACUUGUGCUCCCCGCCUGGCUGCGGGAGGGCAGCGGAGGCCCGGGGGGCGGGGGGGGAGGCUGGAAGCGGGGAGGCCGAGAAACAUCCCGGGGAUUUUGGGAGCUGGGGAGGGGGUCUGUCCUGCGGAGAUCACACGCGGGUUGUAUUAUUAUUAUUAUUAUUAUUAUUAUUAUUAUUAUUAUUAUUAUUAUUAUUAUUAUUAUAUUGCUAUUACUAUUGCUAUUGCUAUUACUGUUGUUACUAUUAUUUUAUUGUGGUGACGAUGAUGAUGGCGAGCAGGGGGCAAAGCGGAGGGUCCCUCCUGAUCUCUGGUUGUCUCCCAGCAGAGCUCCGCGGAGGUGCGAGGGACGUGCGGGCGGCGGCGGCGGGACGGUGCGGCUGCGAGGCCCCGGCCCUGCCUGCGGAGCGGCGCCCUUGGGUGCCAGGUCAGCGCGCAGCUUCGCGGCGUGUCUGCGACUCGAGGUGGAUGUCAGGGCUUUCGCCGUC